AUGGCUUCCCCAAACAAACGAGAAAGUGGUUUUUUUGAUAACUCAUCAUUAUCGAAUAAUAAAUCACUAUUAACGAAAUGUAAAGAUCUCUCGAUUGCAGAAAAGUCACUCACGUUUGCCAUACAUGAGUUUGAAAUUUCAAAACAUCAUAGAGAUUUAUGUGCUAAAGGAUUGGAAGCUGCUAAACGUGGCCAAGAUACGUUGGAAGGAAUUACUAAAUUAAUGUUAUCUAACAAACCGUCUUCUAAUGAGUCUUCAAAUGAAAAGGAUGAAGAAACAAUGGUUAAUCAUAGAUUUCAAGAAUUCAUCGAAGAAUCUGAAAUUUUUCAAAAAUUUUAUAAUAGUUUUUGGGAGGCCGGUCUUUUUAUCGGUCACAAUGAUUGUACCGAAAUUGAAGCUCGUGAAAAAAUUUGUCGUCUAAUAAACGAAUUGGACCAAACGAAUGAGGAAUUGCGAAAUGCAAUUGAAGAAUGGAAAGCCAAACAGAAUUAUUGGUACCUAAUUAAACAUAAAGUCAUGGCUUUUGCUAAAUUCCUUGUUAUUCCUAAUAGACGAUUGGAACAAUAUGACUGUGAAAUUGUUGAAGAAAAGCUUUCGAAGAGUGAGAUAGUUAGAGGAAGUAAAGGUCAUAUAGUUCAACGAAUUUAUUUAGGAUGUAUCAAAGUUGCUGAAACGACUAUUUGUCAGUAUGAUGAUGGACUUUUAUGUGAAUUAAAGAAAGAAAUUAAAUUUGUACAAGAUCUUUGUAAAUGUACAAAUAUUCUUGAAUUCUAUGGGUAUUGCUGUCGAUCCACUGGCCUCACCGUAAUUUCAGGUUGGGGAGAUUAUAACUUGCAAACCUAUCUUGCUGAACAUCCAGACCUUAGUUUAACACAUAAGUUGUCCAUUGCACGUGGAAUUGCUAAUGCAUUGGAUUUUUGCCAUGAACAGAAUAUUUUACAUUAUGAUGUUAGAACUGCCAAUGUGUUACUCGAUAAAUAUUUAUAUCCUAAGCUACAUAAUUUCCGAAUUGCUAAAGAAUCUCCAGUGAUGUUGAGAUCAUCAUCAAUAUCACCUGAAACUUUAAGGUGGAGUUCACCAGAGAGAAUCCGUGGUGAAGAAUACGAUGAAGCUAGUGAAGUAUACAGUUUCGCGCUGGUCAUGUGGGAGAUUGAAUAUCGGAAAUUGCCUUUUGAUAUCUUAACUUCGGAAGAAGAAAUAACAAAUAAAAUACUUGACGGAUACCGCCCGGAACUUACAUCAGUAAAUGGUAUAUUGGCAAAAUAUCAAGAAAUUAUCGAAAAAUCUUGGUCACAAGAUCCUUCUCUGCGCCCUGAUAUGAGAACAAUCCACGAAAGCCUGAAUAAACUAAACAUGGCAUAUUUUACUGAGCAAGAUGCAGAUGAUGAUGACUAUAUUGAUUGUAUUGUAGAUACAGGACCAUCAAAUGAUGAAAUAUUAAAAUAUUUGAAAAUUGGAAAUCAUAGCCUAUUUAGUCAAUAUUCACCUAGAUCUGACAAAAUAAAACAAGGUAUUAAACAUCACCAAAAGAAAAAAUAUAAACAUGCAUGGGAGACAUUUCAAGAAUGUCACCAACUCAAUUCUGAUGACCCACAUGCAAAUUUUUGGGUGGGAUUUUAUCAUCUUAAAGGACAUUAUGUUAAAAAAAAUGAUCAAAAAAGCAUGAAAUACCUCAAAAGAGCAUCAGAAUUACAACAUCCGGAUGCACAAUAUUGGUACGCAUAUAAUUUGUUAAAUGGUCCGGUUGUAUUUAAUGGAAAUAGGUAUAUGAUCGCACUAAAGUUUUUAAGAGAAUCAGCAAUGCACUGUCAUCAUUCUGCAUUGAGAACAUUGGGAAGAAUUGUACAGAUUGGGAAUUAUCAUCAAAAAGGAGACUUUCUUAUAGGAAAAACAAUGAUGGAUGUAGCUCUUAAGAUAAAAGUAGAAAAUAGAAAAUUAAUAACAAAAGAAUAA